UUCAGGAACAAGGGCUGCAGACGCACUAUUCAGGGCUGCUGCUGCUUUCUUGCGGCCUACUGGAGGAGCACACGGGGAAGCUCAGCUGGGGAUGCAGCAUGGCCGCGGCGCUGACCGAGCCGGUUCCCAGCAAUAGUUGCAGCGUGGAAGCAGCUGCAGGUGCUGGCGGAGGAAACAGCAGCAGCAGCAGCCGCAGCCGGCACGAGAAGAGCUUGGGGCUCCUCACCACGAAGUUUGUGUCCCUCCUGCAGGAGGCCAAGGACAGCGUGCUCGACCUGAAAGCGGCUGCUGAUACUCUUGCAGUGAGACAAAAAAGGAGGAUUUAUGAUAUCACCAAUGUGCUGGAAGGGAUAGAUCUAAUUGAAAAAAAGUCAAAGAACAGCAUCCAGUGGAAAGGUGUAAGUGCUGGCUGCAAUACAAAGGAAAUUGUAGAUCGAUUAAGGUAUCUUGAGGCAGAGAUUGAAGAUCUGGAACUAAAAGAAAAAGAGCUGGAUCAGCAGAAAUUGUGGUUACAGCAAAGCAUUAAAAAUGUUAAAGAAGACUCCACAAAUAAAAGUUUUUCAUAUAUCACUCACAAAGAUAUUUGUGACUGUUUCAAUGGGGAUACACUGCUAGCAAUUCAGGCACCUUCCGGCACACAGUUAGAAGUACCUGUACCUCAUCUGGGCCAGAAAAAAUACCAGAUCAAUUUAAACAGUCACUCAGGACCUAUCCAUGUGUUGCUCAUCAAUAAAGAAUCCAGUUCCUCUAAGCCAGUGGUUUUUCCAGUUCCUCCACCAGAUGACCUCAUUCAGCCUCCAUCUCAAACUGUGGUUCCAUUGACUUCCCCUAAACUGAACUCUCAUCCUCAGAAUUUACUAGAGGAUAAAUACAUUAGUCUGGGUCAAUCCCUUCCACAGACACCAGUUACAGAUAGUUCUCAACAGAAUGCAACACCUGAACUUCUUUAUGCAAGCAUUCCAGAUUCUGAGCUGUAUGACAGUCUUGUAACAGAAACCACACCAAGCUCAAAUACCUGUCAGCCCUUCCUUCCACUGGAUGUCAAUAGUAUCCUCAAGCCCAGCUUACUUGAUAUAGCAAAAAUAGAUGAGCCUGAAGGCAUAAUUACCAGUGAUAUCAUCGAUGAACUGAUGUCCUCUGAUGUGUUUCCACUGUUGCGGCUGUCUCCUACUCCUGGUGAUGACUACAGCUUCAACUUGGAUGACAACGAAGGAAUCUAUGAUCUCUUUGAUGUGCAGAUACUGAACUAUUAGAUUCAAUGCAACCAUAGUGCCUCAUCUACCUCCUCUAAC